CUCUACUGCCUUGUAAAGAUGCCCUUUCCUAGAGCUUCUCAAGAACCCUCACAAUACAUAUAGCCCAACAAUUCAACCAAAAACAAAAGAAGAUAUAUUCCAUCCUUCCAACUUAGUAAUUUUCAUGGCUGCACAACCCUGCUCAUCAUCACCAUCAAGUUCCUCAUCAUCUUCAAACCUGAGAAUCACAGUUGAAAGAAACCCUUCUGAAUCUCGCUUAUCCCAACUGGACAUCAAGUGCUGGCCCAAAUGGGGUUGCUCGCCUGGGAAGUACCAGCUGAAGUUUGAUGCGGAGGAGACGUGUUAUUUGUUGAAGGGAAGAGUGAAGGCGUAUUAUCCAAAAGGGUCUUCGGAAUAUGUCGAGUUCGGAGCUGGAGAUCUUGUCACCAUCCCAAAGGGACUCACCUGCACUUGGGAUGUUUCUCUUGCUGUUGAUAAACACUACAAAUUCGAAUCCUCUUCUUAACCAUUAUUAUCAUGAAUUAAUCAUGAUUAUUGUCUUCUUUUGCUCAUAAAUUUCAGAUUUUUUAUUUUGUUUUGUUUUUAUUUUUUCUAGGGUUUGUGAAUUUUUAGAGAGAGAUCGAUAUGUUCGAGUAGUAGUCAAAAGGAAGGAAAAUAAUUCGUCAAUGCAUGUCCCAUUGGAACCAACCCUCUUUUACGUAUUGGCUAUCAGCUUUUAAGGCUCCUUUGACUGGUCAAAUAGGAUUUGUUAAAAAAAAUAAAAAAAAUCCUCUUUUGUGGGCAA